AUGGCUUACAGAAUUUCUGCCCCCGAUGAGUACCUUGCCAUCACUGGCAUGGGCGUCAAGACCGUCAAGAUCACAAAGGCGGCUUGGGUCUGGCCCCUGCAGCGAUGCACACGCUUUAGCGUUCAACCUCACGACUAUGCCAUGGAUCUCCAGGCCAUGACAAAGGAGAAGCUUCAGUUUUCGCUUCCCGUAGUCUUUACCGUUGGUCCCGAUGUUAACCAGCGGGGGGCCAACACCCGCGAGCCCGUUGAAGAUGACGAGCACGAUUUCAGGCGCGAGGACCGCGGUGACUCGCUGAUGAAGUACGCCAUGCUCCUGGCCAACUCCGAGGUCGGCAACAACACGCACGUCCAGGAGAGCCAGCACGUCGCCAACAUCGUCAAGGGCAUCAUCGAGGGUGAGACCCGUGUCCUCGUGUCCAGCAUGACCAUGGAGGAGAUCUUUACCGAGCGAGAGGUCUUCAAGAAGCGCAUCUUCCGCAACAUCCAGAGCGAGCUCGACCAAUUUGGCCUCAAGAUCUACAAUGCCAACGUCAAGGAGCUCAAGGAUGCUCCCGACUCUGUCUACUUUGCUUCGCUGUCCCGCAAGGCUCACGAGGGUGCUACCAACCAGGCCCGAAUUGACGUUGCUGAGGCUCAGCUGCGCGGUAACGUCGGUGAGGCCAAGCGCAAGGGUGAGCAGGAGCGAGAGAUUGCCAAGAUCAACGCCGAGACGGCUGUUCAGAAGACGGAGCGUGAUAUCGAGCGCGCUCAGGCUGAGGCUCACCUCGACACCAAGCGAACUGGUCUCACCCGUGAUGUCGACAUUGCUCGUGUCACUGCUCAGCGUACCCUCGAGUCCAAGGAUGAGGAUCUCAAGAAGGAGGUCGAGAUCAAGCGUGCCGCCGCUGAGAUGGAACGUCUGCGUGCCACUGAUGUCGUCAAGGCUACCAUCUCCCGUGAGAGUAAGCAGCAGGCUGCCGAUGCCGCUGCAUACGAGGUCGAGGCUGAGGCUCGCGCCAACCAGGAGGCCAGCCAGCGCAAGGCCGAUGCCACUGCUUACCAGACCAAGAUCGCCGCCGACGCUGAGGCCGAGGCCGACUUUGCCAAGGUUACCAAGAACACUGAUGCUGCUGCCUACAAGACUCGCAACGACGCCGAGGCCUACAACUUUGCUGCUCAGCAGCGUGCAGAGGCUGAGCUCGUGCAGAAGCUCCGCGAGGCAGAGGGUAUUUCGGCCAUGGCUGAUGCCUACGGCAAGCUGUCGCAGGCCUUCGGUGGUCCCGCCGGUCUGCUGCAGUACAUGAUGAUCGAGAAGGGUACCUACGUCGAGCUGGCCAAGGCCAAUGCCACUGCUAUUCGUGGCCUCGAGCCCAAGAUCAGCGUGUGGAACACUGGAAGCAACGGCCAAGGAGGUCAGGGCUCCGACGCCACCGAGACGAUGCGCAAUGUUUACCAGAUGCUUCCCCCUCUCAUGUCGACCAUCAACGAGCAGACCGGUAUUACUCUUCCCGAGUGGCAGUUUGGUCGUCUCAACGCUGGUGUCAAUGCUGUUGACCAGGAGAAGGUGAACGGCAAGGGACGAAUCAACCAUUAA